UUGUCCUGGGUAACGCCCAGGUGCAGUCGCUCUACCCCAUUGUCUACUGCUCGGACGGCUUCUGCGAGCUGACCGGCUUCGCCCGCGGUGAGCUGAUGCAAAAGAGCUGCAGGUGUCACUUCCUGUACGGCUCAGACACCAGCGAGAGCCUAAACACUCAGAUCCAAAAGGCUCUGGACGAGCGGCAGGAAUUUAAGACUGAGUGCAUCCUGUACAAGAAGGGGGGAGAGCAGUUCUGGUGUCUGCUGGACAUAGUACCCAUCAAGAAUGAGAAGGGAGAGGUGGUGCUGUUCCUGGUCUCCCACAAGGACAUCACAGCGACCAGGAAGGACCAGCAGGACCAGGGGGACCAUGGACAAGACUCAGACACUGACGAGGAGACAGGUCUGGAGGUGCACCAGAUCACCCGCCCCCCAGGCUUUGACCACAAUCGCCGGCGUAGUCGGGCCGUACUCUACCAGUUGUCUGGCCACUUGCAGAAACAGGACAAGCUCAAGAUCAACAACAGUAUGUUUGGGGCGACCACCAACCCCAUCCCUGAGUACAAGGUGGCUGCCACCCCAAAGUCUCGCUUCAUCCUGCUACACUAUGGGACCUUCAAGGCGGGCUGGGAUUGGCUGAUCCUGCUGGCCACUUUCUAUGUGGCCAUCACCGUGCCCUAUAACGUUUGCUUCACCGUGGUGGAGGGGCGGGACGAGGGGGGUGGCUCUGGGGCUCGCAACCCCCCCAGUUACAGCGACAUCUUGGUGGAGAUUCUGUUCAUCAUUGACAUUGCACUGAACUUCCGCACCACCUAUGUGAGUACGACGGGUCAGGUGGUUUAUGAAGCCCGCUCUAUCUUUGUACACUACGCCACCUCCUGGCUGUUUGUUGACCUGAUCGCCGCCCUGCCCUUUGACCUGCUCUACGCCUUCAAUAUCAGCGUGUACUUUGGGGUCCACCUGCUGAAGACAGUGCGGUUACUGCGUCUCCUGAGGCUGCUCCAGAAGCUGGAGCGUUACUCUGAGUACAGCGCCGUGGUUCUCACCCUGCUCAUGUCUACUUUCGCCCUGCUGGCCCACUGGAUGGCCUGCGUCUGGUACUUCAUCGGACGCAAGGAGAUCGAGAGCAACAGCCUGAGCUCCUGGGAUAAUGGCUGGCUUCAUGAACUGGCAAAACGUCUCGACACCCCUUACUUCCUGUCCCCUUUAACAUCAUUCCUCGGAGUCACUGAUUCGCUGCACACUUCUAGAACGAAUGGGUUGGCAGCCAAUUACAAUCACUGGAACACAUCAGGGUCUGAGCCGAUUGGACAGGAUUUCUCCUCCUCCUUCAGCUCCGGCCAAUGGAACGUCAGCGAGGCGGGGCAGAGCCAGGUGAAUGGCUCAGGGGCCUCGGGGGCGGCGCUAGGAGGCGGGCCGUCAGUGAGGAGCUCCUACGUGACGUCUCUGUACUUCGCUCUGAGCAGUCUGACCAGCGUGGGCUUCGGAAACGUCUCAGCCAACACCGACUCAGAGAAGAUCUUCUCCAUCUGCACCAUGCUCAUAGGAGGUGAGACACGCUGA